GACGUCAACCACGGAAGUAAACAACGCGGAGACAAGUAUUUAACUGCGUCACAAAGUUUGAGGAGUUCAGAAGCGGAGAGUUGAGAAGCGCCAUGUCGGUUACCGUGAAAGCUUAUCUGCUGGGGAAGGACGAGGCGGUGAAGGAGAUCCGCAGGUUCACGGUGGACCAGGAUCUCACUUGCAACUUCGACUACCUGAAGCAGAAAACUCUGGCAGUCUUCGGGAACCUGAAGGAGCCCACGAACCUGUACUACCGAGAUGAGGACGGGGAUUUGGUGGCGUUUUCCUCCGACGACGAGCUGAUGCUGGGUGUGUCGUGCAUGAAGGGCGACACCUUCCGUCUCUACGUCAAAGAGAGGAAGGAGCACCGCCGGGACUUCCCUCUUCAUGCACUCCCUCCUUUCGGCCCCCCGCCUGCUCCUGGGGCUCCUCACGGCCCACACCAUAACCUGUUCCCACCCCACGCAGUCCACCCCAAUGUGACCUGUGAUGGCUGUGAGGGACCCGUGAUCGGAACUCGCUUCAAGUGCACCGUGUGUCCCGACUACGACCUCUGCUCUUCGUGCCAGGCCCGUGGGACCCACACAGAGCAUGCCCUGCUGCCCAUCUGGCACCCCCUGCAACACUGGUUUCCUCGUGGUAAGUGGAUGAAGAGGAUGAGACAAUGCUGGGGUCAGAACCAGAACCAGAACCAAAACCAGGAGAUGCCCAAAGGCCCCAGCUGCAGCGCCCCUGCUGGUGAGGGGUCAGGUGCCGACUUCCUGAAGUCCAUCGGCGAGGGCGUGGCCGCCAUGUUGAGCCCGCUGGGUAUCGAUGUGGAUGUUGAUGUGGAGCAUCAGGGCCAGAGGUCCAAGGUCAAUCUGCCUACACCCCACAAGGAAGCUGAAGCUGCAUGCAGUUCAGAGGGCGGAGCUAAAGGAGAGGACAGCGGCACUGUGAAAGAGACUGUGACAGAGAAGGUGUCCCGUGAUUCAGAUGAAGACUGGACCCACCUGAACCCCAGAGAAGUGGACCCGUCCACCGGAGAGCUGCAGUCUCUGACACCUGGGGGUCAGAGCAAGGACCUUCCAACUGCGCCGCCAGAGACGUCCACUGGACUCAUGGAGGCAGCCCUGUACCCCCACCUGCCGCCAGAGGCGGAGCCGCGCCUGGUGGAGGCGCUCUCGCACAUGCUGUCGAUGGGCUUCAGUGAUGAGGGCGGGUGGCUGACUCGCCUUCUCCAGACCAAGAACGGCGACAUCGGCGCAGCACUCGAUGCCAUCCAGUAUGGCAAAGUGCCACACCCACCGCAGCCUUGAAGACUUCAAACCUUCAAUGUGGAAGAUAGUCUGGUUCCUAUACUGAGCAGUCUGUCGUGUUGCCUGUCGACGACCAAUAAACGUAUCAACAAG